GUGCGGACAGGGACAGAGUAGCCUCCUGUGUGGAUACUUCGGGAUUUUAAAGCUCCAGAAAGUCGCCACUAUAAACAGUAAAUGCAUUUGCUUAUUUAAAUUAGUGUAAAGAUAGGUAUCACUCGCCCUCUUCGAUACAGCAUGCCUCGGAGGAAGACCCUACCUGAUCCAUUCAUUCAUGUUCCAGUCGUUUCUGAUCCGAUGAUGUCAAGUCGAAAUGCUGGCAGCAGCUCUGAUGGCACUGAAGACUCUGAUUUCUCUGUUGACCUGGAGCACACUGACAGCUCGGAGUGCGAUGGGACCACACGUGGAAACACUCGUCUCACACGGGCCUCGCUUCGCCUCAGCCAGAGUUCUCAAGAUUCCAGUCCAGUUCGGAACUUGGAGUCCCUGGGUUUGGAUGACGCCGCCUAUUCCACAAGGCGUGUGACCCGUAGCCAGCAACAGGGGGCGCCAGUCACCCCAAAGAAAUACCCCCUGCGUCAGACCCGUUCCUCCGGAUCGGAAACGGAGCAAGCCAUCGACUUCUCCGACAGGGAUCUGAAGCAUGCCGUGGACCAUGACGAGUCUCCUCCACGCACCCCCACUGGGAACGCGCCCACCUCGGAGUCUGACAUCGACAUCUCCAGUCCCAAUGCCUCCCACGACGAGAGCCUAGCCAAGGACCUGUCCCUGAAGGACUCGGGCAGCGACCUUUCCCACCGGCCCAAGCGCCGCCGCUUCCACGAGAGCUACAACUUCAACAUGAAGUGCCCCACGCCCGGCUGCAACUCCCUGGGCCAUCUUACUGGGAAGCAUGAAAGGCAUUUCUCCAUAUCAGGUUGCCCCCUCUACCAUAACCUUUCAGCAGAUGAGUGCAAGAUGACCAGUGAAAAAGCGGAAAAGACAAAAGGAAUGACGGGGUGCCCUAAUCUGUGUCUGCAGGUGAGAGCUAACAAUCGGGACAAGCAAGUGGAAGAGCGAACACUGUCACACAGACAGGACGAGAACAACAGACACGCCACGCGCCACCAGGCCCCGACUGAGAGGCAGAUGAGGUAUAAAGAAAAGGUGACAGAGCUGAGGAAGAAGAGGAAUGCUGGACUGCUGAAAGAGCAGAAAGAGAAAUACAUGGAGCACAGACAGACCCACGGCAACACAAGGGAGCCUCUCUUGGAAAACAUCACAAGUGAUUACGACCUGGAGCUGUUUCGAAAAGCCCAGGCACGUGCAUCGGAUGAUCUUGAGAAGUUGAGGCUACAUGGUCAGAUCACAGAAGGCAGCAACAUGAUCAAGACUAUCCUCUUCGGUCGCUACGAGCUGGAUACCUGGUACCACUCUCCCUACCCCGAGGAGUAUGCGCGUCUUGGGCGCCUCUACAUGUGUGAAUUCUGCCUCAAGUACAUGAAGAGCCAGACCAUCCUUCGCAGACACAUGGCAAAGUGUGUAUGGAAACAUCCUCCUGGGGACGAGAUUUAUAGAAAGGGAGCCAUGUCUGUGUUUGAAGUGGAUGGCAAGAAAAAUAAGAUUUAUUGCCAGAAUCUAUGCCUAUUAGCAAAGCUGUUUUUGGACCACAAGACACUUUACUAUGACGUUGAGCCCUUCCUGUUCUAUGUCAUGACUGAAGCCGACAACACGGGGUGCCAUCUUGUGGGUUACUUCUCUAAGGAGAAGAAUUCUUUCCUGAACUACAAUGUGUCCUGCAUCUUGACAAUGCCACAGUACAUGAGACAGGGAUAUGGAAAAAUGCUCAUUGACUUCAGUUACUUGCUGUCAAAGGUAGAAGAAAAGGUUGGCUCCCCAGAGCGCCCCCUCUCUGAUUUGGGUCUAAUCAGCUAUCGUAGUUACUGGAAGGAGGUGUUGCUCCGCUACCUGCACAACUUUCAAGGCAAAGAGAUCUCCGUCAAAGAGAUAAGUCAGGAGACUGCAGUGAACCCUGUGGAUAUCGUCAGCACGCUGCAGUCUCUCCAGAUGCUCAAGUACUGGAAGGGAAAGCAUCUGGUCUUAAAGAGACAGGAUCUUAUAGAUGAGUGGCUGGUUAAGGAAGCGAAGCGAGGCAGCAGCAACAAAAUCAUCGACCCCAGCUGUUUGAAAUGGACACCCCCAAAAGGCACAUAGAAUCCCUGAAACUGCAAAUCUCCUUCUCAAUAAAUCACUGUAUCACAGUUGGCAAACCUGUCCAUAGAUGUAGAGAACCCUUGUUGCUCGAAUGCUGAGGCUAAGGGAAUAAGGGCUGGUCUGGUGCCAGCUGGCCCAGGCAGGGUACUGAGGGAAUAGCUUGUUUGUUUUUUUGUUUUGCAGGCGGUUGGCAGUGUCGCACCACAAACAGUCUUUGAAAAUCACCACACAAUGGUUACUUUAAAAGCAGGGGAUAUUCCUGCCAUUUUAUUUUAUUUGCAUUCAUUUUUAAUUUUUUUUUUCUUUUUUUUGAUGAAAUUUUGAAAACCAAAAAAUGUUGGCUGUUCCAGUAUUGUUCUGGCCUACGUGUGUGUGUGUGUGUCAGUGGAAACAUGCAUUAUUCUUUACCUCGUAGGGUCAUGUUUAUUAAAAUAGAUCAGCCAAUUAGUGUUGAUUUUGGCAUUUGCCUGAGGAAUACAACUGUUGAAUGUGGCGUUGCUAACAGCGACUUUAAAUAAUUAAAAAAACAAAACAAAAAUAUAAGUAAGUGAAGUACAUAGACAUGCAGAAUUCCAGAAGUUCAGAGAAUAUGACAUGUAUGCCUGUGUGUGUGCUUGUUAAAUGUAACUAGAACCAAGAGAUAAACAGAACAGAUUAAUUCAGAAUUACCAACAUGGGCGAGGCUGACAGUCUACUCAUAAAAAUGAAGAUCUUGCUGCUUAACUGUGUAAUAAUGUCCGUCUUACUGCAACUGUCAGUAAUACUCUAUACAAAUAUGUAGUAUUCUGUAAAGCAAUCUUUCACAGUCCACUCCCAUACCCUGUUCAGGCUUACUGAGCUCUUUCACAAUGUGGUUCAAUUCACCUUUAAUAGUGUGUGUUUGUGCGUGCUUGAACAUGGCAGAGGGAAAAUUAAUAGAUCAUUUACAAAAGAAAAAAAAAAUGACCACAUUGGGGGGGGAGGAGAAUAUCACUGACAUGUUUUAAAUGUAACUCAUAAAAAUAGAGAGGAAUUGUUAUGCUGACAACACAGUCUCUUUAAAGCAGUGGUGUACCUGGGUGAACACAGCCAGUGACACUAGAUUCACUGUUACAUAAUUAAGUGGCCAGAAAGUUGAGGGUGCUUAACUGUUCAUCUGUUACAUUAGUGGAUAUCAUCUCUUAUUUUGGCCCCUGAAUGGUAUGUUGUUUUCUUUUAAUGUUGUGUUAAUUUGCCUGUGUGGAUUAACCACUACAUUAAAAAAAAAAACAUUGUGUUUUAGGAUCCUGUUGCCACACAACAGUUUAAAAAAAAAAAAAGCAAAGAAACGCAAAAUCUUAAUUUUGUACCCGACAAUCAAUUGAACUGAACCAAAUAAGGAUGUUUUUAUUUAUUUAAGUGUUUUGUGGGGGGUGGGGGGCACACCAGGUAGAUUAUUAAACACAUGGUAACCAUGGAGAUGCUAGUUGUGGGAGGUGGGGUCAUUUUUGUAUCUGCAAUUUGGCCAGUUUAAGCAUGCAAUGGUCAUUUAACUCAACACACAUGCACACUUAAAGUGUACCAUUCACAUUUUUGGUUGAGUAAUUUGAUAUGAAGUCUGACACAAGAACAUGCACAUGCACUGUAUUUAUAUAUAAGAAGUAGUACAGGAAAAUAUGUGAAGGCAAAGGUAAAAUAAUAAAGGUAACUCAACAGCUGGAAGUAUCAGACAUAUUAGUGUGUACCUGCCAGUCUAAUUCAAAUCCUUAUUUUAAAUAAUGGCUCUGGUGAAAUGCGGAAGCCCGUGUGGGAUGGACUGUGAUUCUUUGGUUUGGAGUACAAUAAGCAAACCCAAUUCACUGGAGCAAAGCCAGCAGUUCACUUGUGCUUGAGUGUAAUUCUGAAUAAAAUGACAGAUUUAGGCAGUGUGGUAUGUUAAAGAUUAGAAUGCCUGUAUAUUCCAUUUCAAACAUUUAGAUUUCAUUCCAUUUCAAACUCUUAUGAUUCUUCCCCUGAAUCUUGAUUUAUUACUCCUGCCUCCCAUUUAUCAACAUAUUUUAAGUCAUUUUAUAUCCUAAUUGACUGCAUGCCGAAGCAAGCAUUUCUUUUUUUUUUGUUUUUGUUUUGUGCAGCAAAGAAUACUUUUAUUAGAAAAAGUACUGAUUGCCGAUCCUUUGAUAAGUAGAUAGAAAAGUUGACAAUGCAGCAUAAUAAAUAAAUAAAUGCCUACAUGUGUGUAAAACUAUCUUGACAUGUCAAAUCUGCUAUUCAAAACAAUUGACCUAAAAUCAGUGGCAUCAGUCACAAAUGUCAGAUGUUGGCCUUGGCUUCUAUAUCUAUCUCUAUCUAUCUAUCUAUCUAUCUAUCUAUCUAUCUAUCUAUCUCUCUCUCUCUCUCUCUCUCUAUAUAUAUAUAUAUAUAUAUAUAUAUAUGAGAGGAGAGAGCGUCUUUUUUUGAGGUGGAGAUUUCUAUUUUAACUUUGAAGUUGGAGAGUUGAUGGGUUUGGGGCUGAAGCCUUAUAUUCACACUGAAGACAAGCAAGGAAGUCCAUGGUACUAUUGUGUAUUGGUAAUGUUCAGGUGAUAUAUCAACAUCUGUACCAGCUUUUGCAGAAAUAAAAACAAGUGUUGUACAGUGA